CGCGAGCGAGCGAGGGCGCGUGUGCGCGCGAGAGAGGGCUCCACUGGGGGACUUUUUUUUAAAACAGAAAAUGGCGACCACGGUGUUCCCGGGCGUGCGGCUGGUGUCGAUCGGGGAUCAGAACGGGGAGAUCCAGCGGCGCUCAGACCAACAGCCGCUUAAACUAGAGAUUAAAACCACCCAGGACAGCGCGUUCAUCAGCCUCUACAGCAAUGAGACGGUCUGUGUAUUUAAGUGUGCAGUGAGUCGGGAAACGGAAUGCAGUCGUGUCGGCAAACAGUCUUUCAUUGUCACGUUGGGAUGUAGCAGUGUCCUCCUACAAUUUCCAUCACAGAAUGAGUUCUACUCCUUUUUCAAUAUUCUGAAAAACUGCAGAGGUCACAACAUUGAACGAUCUGUCUUCAGUGACCGAACAGAGGAGUCUUCUGCUGUGCAGUAUUUCCAGUUCUAUGGAUACUUAUCGCAACAACAGAAUAUGAUGCAAGACUAUAUACGGACAGGCACUUACCAAAGGGCAAUACUCCAAAACCAUGCAGACUUUAAAGACAAGGUUGUACUAGAUGUGGGAUGUGGCUCUGGAAUUUUAUCAUUUUUUGCUGUGCAGGCAGGAGCACGAAAGGUGUUUGCAGUGGAAGCAAGCACCAUGGCUCAGCAUGCUGAGCUUCUGGUAAAGAGCAACAACCUAGCAGAUCGCAUCUUCAUCAUCCCUGGGAAGGUGGAGGAGGUUAACAUCCCGGAACAGGUUGAUAUAAUUAUUUCCGAACCCAUGGGCUACAUGCUCUUCAAUGAACGAAUGUUGGAGAGUUACCUUCAUGCUAAGAAAUGGUUGAAACCGAAUGGUAAUCUGUUUCCAACCCUUGGUGACGUUCACCUAGCGCCCUUUACAGAUGAGCAGCUUUACAUGGAACAGUUCACAAAAGCAAACUUCUGGUAUCAGCCAUCUUUCCACGGUGUGGAUUUAUCAGCCCUCCGAGGUGCAGCAGUAGAUGAAUACUUCAAGCAGCCUAUUGUGGACACAUUUGAUAUCAGGAUUCUAAUGGCCAAGUCGGUGAAGUACACAGUGAACUUUCUAGAAGCCGAAGAGAAUGAUUUGCACCGGAUAGAAAUUCCAUUCAAGUUCCAUAUGUUACAUUCAGGGUUAGUCCAUGGUUUGGCAUUCUGGUUCGAUGUGGCCUUCAUUGGUUCCCAAAUGACGGUGUGGCUGUCAACUGCUCCGACAGAACCUUUGACCCAUUGGUACCAAGUUCGCUGUUUGCUUCAAUCGCCACUUUUCACCAAGGCAGGUGAUACACUGUCAGGGACUGUCAUGCUGAAUGCCAAUAAAAGGCAAAGUUAUGAUAUUAGUAUUGUAGCCCAGGUGGAUCAGACUGGUUCAAAAUCUAGUAAUGUAUUGGACCUGAAGAACCCGUUUUUCAGGUACACAGGAACAACUCCCUCACCACCUCCAGGUUCGCAUUAUGUAUCGCCAUCGGAGACCAUGUGGAAUACAUCUGGCUCUUACAAUCUCAGCUCAGGACUAGCAGUAUCUGGAGUCCCAACGGCUUAUGAUCUGAGCAGUGUAAUUGCCAGUGGAUCUGCAGUCAGCCACAACAAUCUGAUUCCAUUAGCCAACUCUGGGAUAGUGAAUCACACUCACUCAAGACUGGGAUCCAUUAUGAGCACAGGAUUUAUACAGGGGUCUUCAAGCGGUGGACAGGGUGGAGUGAUUGCCAGUAGCAGCCACUAUCCAAUCAACAGUCAGUUUACCAUUGGCGGUGCUGCCAUCUCCAUGGCUUCUCCAAUGUCCAUAAGCACCAACACAAUGCACUAUGGGAGCUAAGAAUUCAUGAUACCGCCUCCGACUUUUUGAACUGACACUUUCGAGAGGAUAAAAACCAAAUCCAGAUUCAGUUCCCUCUCCAAAAAACCCAAUCUCUAUGAAUUGUCCAAAUUCAUUGUCCAUGGAUUUAGUUCAGCCUGAGGGUGGGGGUGUGUGUGCGUUUGUGUGUGCGUGUGCGUGUGUGUGUGUGUGUGUGCGCGUGCGAGCUUUGUUUUUGCCAUUGGGAAUGACAACAUACAAAUUAUUUGAUACCAGACUUGUAAAGUUUUAUAUAACAAAAAUGGGGGUGGGAAAAUAAAUGCUGUUUUGGUCCUGCGAUUAGACUGCGUAGUUCAUAAAUUUUCUCAUCAGUUUGAUGUCGGAACGCUGCAAUUAACAUAUCUUUUAAAACAGACAUGUCCAGUAUGUUGGGACAGAUAGCUGAUAGGAGUUAUCCAUUACCUGAUUUACCUCUGACUUUUCCUUCUCUGAUGUCCCUAGCCCCCCUCACCCAACUUCCCAACCCAACUUAAAUAAUCUGGUUACUUGAAGAUCUUGGGUUAAUGGAGACUGUUAGUUGAAAGUUUCAAAAGUGACAAAUAUCGGCUGUAAACGUAAUAAAUAUUACAAAUGUUUUUGAUAAUUAAGACAUUUUAUCAUUUAAGGUUUUCUUUCUAUAAGGCAAUUUCUUUUAAGUGUGGGUAGACUGCAUGAAAAAUGUUUUUCCCCAACUCCUUUUGAAACCUACAGUGAUUGGAAAGUUUCCAGGCUCAUCUCAUGGAGGAAGUGUUUCUCAGGGCUGAUACGAACUGAGUAGCUGUAGGAAAGGAGCAGGUAUCUGAACAUUGUUGAGUUCUUUCUUGGCACCUGUCUGAUUUGCUUCUGUGUGUCUUACUUCCAUUUUGACCGUUUUGCAGCAUCUCCACAAAGCCAGAAGCAUGAACCUGUUUGAACUAGUGCUGUUUUUGGAGUAGCUGAAAGUUGCACAGCUCAACAAUGCCAAGAGCAACCAAGCGCUAGCCAGCUCUUGAUCCAAACCAAUGUAUUAAUGCUUUUUAGCUUUAGGACUGUUUAGAUUAAAGAGGGAAUGAUUAACAGUCCUACAUCAUUUGUCUUUCUGUAUCCAAUUGUUUGAUUUCUCUGUUCUACCUUUAUGCUGCCAUUUUUGUUGUGAUUUCAGCUUUGAGUUGAAACUGCAAUGCUAGUUAGUUGAGCAACCUUUACCACUGUUCAUGCUGCUGCUCUUGGAAUGGCAGGCACCGUACACAUACUCUCAAAACUGAUCCGACUACCUUAGUGCAAGUAUAUGUGUAUAUUGGAUAUCACCUCCAUAUCCAAAAAGGAGUGCUGCAGAUUUGGUGGUAGAUGUAUUCACUAGCAACAGAUCAUUGUGGUUAGGGUAUGGGAUUUUGUACUUCACACUCCAGAUAAACUAAGUUAUAUUUGCCCACACCUUUCUAUGAUUAACUUCCAAAUCUAUAGAUUGACGGUAAUGAAAACUUCCACUUUUCUAUCAGCUCUUAGAGGGAACCAGACUGUUUUUCCAGUAUUUUCUGAUUGUUACAAUGUAUAUUUCUAUUGAAAUAGUUAUAUUAUUACUGGCAGCAAUCUCUGAUAGAAGGAAGAAUUUCUUUAAACUGAGGAUUGACUGUAGAACCUAGCUGUCUUGUCAUACAAGAUGUUUUUCUUUGAAGAGAGGAUUCAAAUCAGCCAAAUUCUUUGCUUUCCAAUAUCUUGGACCCAAACUCUGAUGAGUUUGUUGACUGCCUUCAUUUUUCAGAUGUCGAUUAAUGCUAAUGCUUUGUUCAGGAGAUGGAGAGGUUGUAUUGAUUUUCUUGAAGCACUCAAGCAUUUGUAAAUUUGGCGGACAGUUUCUGGUUCAGGCAAAUUUUUAUUUCAUAUGGUGAGUUGAAGUAUUGAGGAUUAGUAGAUUCGGAAUGAACGGGUCAGCUAUACCUAUAGAAGAAAGACACCUUCUGCAAUUGAUCGUUGUCUUGAGUCAUUGCUGAGGCUUUAAAUAUAAGGUUUGAUGGUGCAUUUGUUAGUUUUACCUGCGUCUCUGGUACAGGUCUAGCAUAGCAAUUAGUACGAGCUCUUUGGAAACCUAUGGGUGAGGGUUGUGGCGGAGAGGUGUUAGUUGUGCUGUUGUGCAAGUGGGUAUACUUGUACUCCAGAUAGAAUUAUCUAUUGCUUUGUGCACAAAAGCUGAUGGCACAUUUGGCCCAUUUAGUAAAGCUUUGUGGGUGCCUAUUGAAAUUCCAGUUCUUUGUUGUGGCAUUGAGAGUUCCAUUGUUCACAGGUGGCUGGUUACAUUCUCAUUUGCAUAAUAAUUUCUGGGACAAUGGGUCUCAUUUAAACUGAACUUUUCAUUGAAUCAGGAGGUGGAUACCCACAGCAUUAUGUCAAUGACCCUGGAUCCCAAACUAAUUAUUAGAUGGUAACUUUUAACAAAUUAAUAUCUACAGUGUUGUUAGUCACAGGUCACUUAUGCUGUUGCAGUAGCUCCAAGGCAGUGAUUAUUCUGCAGAAUUGUCUAUCAAGGAAGCGUUUUGGACAAAGUCUAGUCAUAAUUUAUUGCGAAUAUUCUUUUUAGAUUUGUUUUAUUUUUGGAGUAGAAAACUGUUAGUUGCUUCCAGCCUGGAGGAAAAAUCUUUGUCUCAUUGGACAUAAGACCAUAAGACAUAGGAGUGGAAGUAAGCCAUUCGGCCCAUCAAGUCCACUCCGCCAUUCAAACAUGGCUGAUGGGCAUGAUCCUAAGUAACUCUCUGCUUUGCUGGCGAUGAUUUUAAAGACUUUAAAGAAAGGUCCUAUGACUCAGAAGUGAACCCCUUUAAUAAUCCCCGUCCUUGCUACCAUAUCCAUGGCUAUUUUGCUCACAAUGGCUUUGGGGUGGUUGCCUGAGACUGGCUAUUGAUGUGUUUUAACUGUUGGCACACGAGCUGCAAAAGGUUUAAGUUUUCUGCUAUUCCUCAAUCUCCUGGUAAGGGUGUCUUGUUUCAGAAGAGCUGUUAAUUCAAUUUGAUUUUAACAUUGGUUGACAAACAGUACAAAUGAAAGAGUCCAGCAUAGUGAUUGUUUGUUCUCUGAUCUCUUCCCCACCAGUCACUAUUGUCCCAGUGACUCUCUUUUUUUUUUACUCCAUUCCCCAAAAAGUACUAAAUUGUGAACCAUACCUCCCAAAAGGUAUCCCGUUUGUACAAGUUGUAUGACACCUUCUGCCUUCCUGUCCAGUCAGAAAUAAAUCUGGAUUCAUAAGUGAUCACUUUCACUCUGAACCUUUCCACAUAGCUUUGAGAGCUGAGCAUUGGGAUUUUUGGCAACUACUGACUGAGCACAGCCAUUUGGGCAUCAAGAGGAGUCUGAGAAAAGUGAAUGGUGCCUCAGCUAAUGCACCAGUAUAAUCCAUCCAUGACUAGUGGAUAAGGCACCCGUGAUUUCUCCCUGCCCAACCUGUCAAAACCCAUACCCAUUGUUUCGGUCGUAAACAGUGACCUGAUCUUGUAUGGGUCUAUAGAGUGUGUGUGUGUGUGUAUAUAUAUUUUUAUAUAUAGACCAGUCGCAUGUACACAAUGUUCAGAUCAGUCUAUUGAUUGGUAAAUAUUUUAAUACAUCAAUAGGUUUAUGUGGCUCUGGAAAUUGGUUGAUACGUCCUAAAGUCAAGGGAUUAUUUUUGGGGUUGAGACUUUGUCCUGUGAUUUAGCUUAACUUAGCUUGGCUUGUCUGGAGUGACUUCCAUACAACCAGGGUUUGGGCUACUUGCUUAAUAUUUCUGUUGAAACCACACACCUCAGCUUUGCCUAUAUGUUUUCUUGAUCUGGACAUCAAAAAGUAUCAUUGUUCCCCUUUUUCUUGUGAUGGGUCAAACUAGUAUUAGUCUAUUAAUCACUAUCAGAUUGUUUGUUUCUUUUUUAAGCUUUUAACCCAUGCCAAUGGGAACAGAAAAUAUGGAUAUAUAACAUUUCGGGCUUUUCAGAAUAUAAAUAAGACAUUGGCACCCAUUAGGAUCCACAAAGCUCUGCUCAAUAUAUAGAGAAUGCUUCUUAAGUGCUGGUUAGGUAUUGGAGUUUUACACUGUGGAACUCUUAAGUUAUAUAGGCAUGAAUGAGUCAUUGACUGUGCACAGCUGAAGGAACACUUGCAGUGUAUUGUCAGGUUUAUUAGAGUGAAUGAUCGCUGAAUCUUGGUGCAGUGUGCACCACCUAUAAUUCUACAAGGUGUGUGAACUUUGCGCCAUAAUCCUGUGUCAGUGUGAUCCCUAAUUGAGUAUUACAAAGCAGGCAUGAUUUCAACAUUAGCCUCAACCAUCUCAAUUAGGCUGUUUUUGUAGAAUAUUUCUACAGUAAAAAGGAUUUUAAAAAAAUUUAGAAUGGGUAAGGGUUUAAUGUGAUAAAUUAUCACAGCGAUGGCUGACAGCAAGGAUAAUUGAUCUGCGAUUAGCUGGGCAGGGGGCACAGUAACUGGUAAAACUUGAAUGGAACAGUUCAGAGUUACUAAUGUGGAUCCCAUUUGAAAGUUUGGGAUUCCCCUUUUAAUUGGACCUAUUUUUGUAAUCCCUGCAGCUCGAGUUGUGUUGAAGUGAGUUGUGAACAAAGAAUUUUGGAGAGAUGUCACUCAUCUGAUGAAUUAAACUCUGGUGGGUCUGCCCUUGUAAAUGUUUUCCCUGUACAAUUUGUACAAAGCAUUGGGCUGAAUUUUUAUUCUGCUUUUGGGCUUUUUAAAAUCAUCUCCUACUUUACAAAUGAGGCUUGUUAUUGACCCUGAACUAUUCUUGUUAAUCCAUUUACAGCUAUCCUGAUCCAAACCUUGCUAGAGGGUUUUACCAACAUGUAGUUUAGUGUUUUAGUAUAAUCUAGAAAUGUUUCUGUAGUCUGGCUAGACCUUUAUUCAUCUGUGUUGUGUGUAGAUUUUAUUACAGCGACAUGAGAUUGUUAGACCAUAUUAGAAAAUCAUCCUGUAAUACAUGAAUUAUCAAAUAAAACACUAAUAUUAGA